GUGCGAGCGCUAUAAGCACGGGCCAGGGCUCAGCGAGUGCAGCAGCAUGAGGGACGAGGUGAAGAUGGACGCGAAUCGGCUCAUCGCCGAGGUCUACAAGCGGCCGGCCCUCUGGAACCAGAGGCACAUCUCCUAUCACAAUCGCGAAGUGACCAAUCGCGUCUGGAUGGAGAUCGCGGCGAUAUUCAACCUCCCCAAGCCGAUGCUGAAAGCGAAAUGGAAGGGUUUGCGCGACACAUUCCGCGCCGAGCUCAAGAAGGACCAAGUGUACCGCAAGAGCAAGUUCCAUCGGAACCGACCGGUAUGGAUUCACUUCAAGAGUCUGCAGUUCCUGAAGGAGCAGAUGCUGCCGCGACCGCCCAUCUGGGAGCGCAGCGUCGCGAAGACCGAGGACGAGCUGCAGCCGUGCGAGAGCGAGACCGAGAAUGGUAUCUCGGCAUCCGGCAUCGACGGCGGCCUCGAUGACCGGGACGCGAUCGCCGACCAUCUGCUGUCGAUGGCCGGCGACGGGAACGUCGGUCAUCAUCAGCUGAAGCUGGACGGUGAUCAUCACGGCCGACGUGGCACGGUGGACGUGAAGCGGGAACCCGAGGAGAGCUUCGACAACUUGGAGUUUCAGAACGUCACCGACAAUCUCGCGGAAAAUGAGAUGAUGCUGCAAAACAUCUCACCCGAGCAGGUCCUCAUGAGCGACAGCGACGGCGGCGUCGGCCUCACCGGCGUCGAUCCCCUCGAAGGCAAUCGCUUCGACGACAACUACUACUUCCUGAUGAGCCUACUGCCGCACAUCAGGACUCUACCGGCCGAUCGCAGGAUGCUGCUCAGGAUACAGAUGCAGGAACUCGUUUACAAGGAGGUUUACAAGAAGACCAUCGACAGCGAGCAGACGGCAAAGACUUAACUGUCGUCGUCGCGUAAAGUGAACCGUAUUCUUAAGCGUUCCUUCGAGCAACUUUAUUUUUUUCCAUAAGAAAUCGACUGCUAAAAAUGAAAAAAAAAAGAGAAAGAAUAUAUUUAUUCCCUAUUAGUGUUACGCGUCUAAUUAUACGAGAUACAAAGAUUACUGUCUGACAUAGGUAAUUCGGAGAAUAAUCACACAAGAUAGAGAAAACGGGUUCUUUUCGUAUAUUUAUGUCAUUUAUAAAGGUUCCAAGCGAGCGUGUGCUUUCACGUUUGGAGCAAUUUGAAGAUGAAGAAAAAAAAAGGCGGAGUAAACUGAAAAUUCUUUCCAUUCUUUUUCAAAGAAAAAAAAGGGUUUCGCCAACACAAUAUAAUGGUACCUGCGCCCCAUACCUAUCUACCUGUCCGCGUGUGAUAGUACGGGUCAUGGUUCCCCUAGGUAGGUCACCAACACGGGUCGCUCGCGUCACAGACACGGUUGAGCGACACUGGUGCUUUCUCGUACCUGCGGGUACGACCGUGACGCACACACCUGUGCGGUGUCUCCGGUGUAGUGUGUACGCGAGCAGCGCAUGCGUAUCCCCUGUGGCUCCAAUGUGGGACCGCGUUUCCUUCGCUUUCGCGUUGCGACUCUGCGUACCCUUCUACCUAGCCGUCAACCUACCUACGUUCAGUUCGUCGCCGCCGAUCGUCGCACCGUUAUCCCGAUCGCGCGUGUUGCUCGGCUCUCUGCUCGCCCGCUUCUCAGUUCCUCUCCUUUCUCUCUUUCUCUCUUUGUUUCUUUUUUUUUUCCUUCUCAUCAGGAAUAGCAUCACGUUGUUGCGUAGCGUCGCCUUGUAGGUCUUUAUUGUGCUAGCACAGGUGUUAGUGGCUUGUGAUACACGAGAUACGUCGACGUUAUUGUGCUGCUGC